AUGGUUCGUCAUUCAAGUCAAAAAGGUCGUAAUUCAAAGAAGAGCCACAAACAUUUAAAAGGUUGGAUAAAAUUUUUCGUCGACAAGCAAGAAGAAGCUAAGAAACAAAAUCCUAACAUAAUGCAACCAGAUAUUAUGAAGAUGAUAGCUGAAAUGUGGCGUCAGCGUGAUGAAGCAACAAAACUUUUAUAUCCAAUUCAAAAUAGAAAAAGUAAAAAGGCAUCUACUGAAAAAUCUGGAAAUAAGGAAAAAAAUAAUAAAGGUCCAACAUCAAAUAUGAAACAAACCAGCCAACAAUCGAAUAAAGAAAACCAACCUAACGAACUUAGCGAUUAA